AUGCUAACAAUCACUGCAGGUCUCCCUGCAAUGGGAUCAGAUCCAGAGGAAGAGCGCUUCCCGCCACCAACCCCAACGCCUCUGGAUUUCCCCAUCCCCAAUCCCCCCGAUGUCCCCGAGACAGCCUCUGAAUCCUCCUUGCGGGGCAUGCAAGCCGUACUUGCCUCCAUCAAACGCCCGCAGGAUAUCUCCCGACACAGAUUCAAAGACCUCAAUCUGAAAGUGGAGUCCGAUAUCCCCGCGACAGAGAUCGUCUACUGUCACGAUAGAGCCAAAUCCGCCCCACCUUUACCAUGGGAAUUGGACUCGUCUGACCCCUUGCGUUCCUUGGGGCAGGCAGUUUCGGAGGACGGAUCGCUGAUAUUCAUGGAGAAUGGGAAUGCGUAUCCGCCAAAGGAGAAAUUCGAGGCCUUAGAGCGAGAGCUUUUGAUCGAGAAUGAUGAUGCGUUUCGCGAGGUUGCAAGGCUGCCGCCUCGUCCGGGCCGGGAUCGUGUCCGGGUCACCCAAGCGAGGAAGUUCUGGACGGCACUGGAGCGGAUGUCUCAGUACUGGGAUGACAGUUUGGAUGAAUACUUUGAGCGUCCUAAGACGCCGGAGCCAGGGCCGCAAUCCGAGUCGAAGCUAACGGGAGAAGGGAGGCCAGGCAAUGAUGAUCAAAUGCAGACAGAUGAUGCUGUGGCUGCUUCUAACCAGUCCCAGUCCGAUGCCCAAAGGGAUCUGGACAAUGACUGUGCGCCACGCGCUCCAGCGUCUGGAGAGAGCGAGGACCCGAAGGACGAAGAACAGCAACCAGUGAAACAGCAGGAACUGGUAAAGCGGUACCGCGGCCGUCGCAUUGCUGCAGGAACUGACAUGCCAGAGGAUGUCCGCGAGGAAACCGUCCGUGCACUAACUGAGAUGGCCGCCUGGCCCUUCGGAUGCCAGGUUUCGCUCCCCAUCAUGCCGCCCCGAUUAGCUGUGGGUACGUUACUUUUCCCCGUAAGGAAAACGUUUGAGGCGACGAGGGCCCCCAAGGACCGGCAAUUAGCGAGGAACGGCAUGCUGGAGGGCCCUGUCUUUGUUGCUCAGUGUCGGAAUGAAGCGUCGUUCCGCGGCCCAGAGGAGGCCCCUGGCUCCGGGUUCGGCGAUACCUGCGACCUCAUGCGCGAGGUCGGGUCGAUGUUGUUAGCUGCUCAGGAACGAGCCCGAGAGGGGAGGAUGGAGGUCAGGCCCGGCGAAGGCAAGUGGUACACAACUACGCCGCGGUGGGGAGGCGCGCCGAAUGAUGCUAUCGGCGACAGUGCCAAAGUACUCAGUGAGCAGGAAAGGCAGGCAUCAGGGAACAACCGCAAGCGGUCCAAGUAUGAGCAUUCGCUGUUGGGGUCUCGUCGACCAGGUAUCGCGCGGAAAAUGAGUAACAGCGAGAAGUGGAAGAUCGUCCAGCCGGGUCCUCCGUUAUGGGAUAGGCGAAUGAGAUAUAUUCAAAUUGGGAAGCCCAAGGACAGUCCUUUUGAUGAUAUCUAUAUGCUAUCCUCCAUAAAUCACCAUCUUGCCAUCCUCCACCUGCGAGUUCAUCGCAGAUAUAUUGAUAUUCUUGCCACAGGGAAGAGCAACUUCUCUGCCGACUCGAACACAUCGGAGCAGCCAUGGCAUGUACUCCAACUCCGACGAACGAGGUGGUUUGAUUUGUUCGACACCCAAGAUCGGCUCGAGGUGUUUAGGGGGAUCUGGACGUUGUUCCAUUGUCUUUUACGGAGCAUGUAA